AUGGAGCUGGGCUGGGCGUGCAGCCACUCGCUCUGGCUGUGCUUCCUGUGCUGGCUGGCGCACCGGCUCCUGCGCUGCGACCUGUUGCAGGCUCGCCGGCUGCUGCUGCGCGCGGGGCUGGCCGUCCUGCCGCUGCUGGCGGCCAGCCUCCGCCUGCUGCCCCUGCCGCUCGGCGCCGGCCUCGCGGGCGCCGCCUGCUGGCUGCUCCUGGGAGGGGCUGCGCGCGGCCGGAGGAUCCCCGCGGCGGGGAAAGCCGUGCUCGUUACAGGGUGUGAUUCCGGCUUUGGAAAAGCGACAGCCUCUCACCUCGACUCCUUGGGGCUUAAAGUCUAUGCCAGCGUACUGGACUUGAACGGCCCCGGGGCCCAAGAGCUGCGGCAAAACUGCUCAUCCCAGCUGACCCUGCUGGAAUUGGACCUGACCAAACCUGAAGACAUCCAGAGAACCCUGCACUUUAUAAAGGCUCAGACUGAGAGGACAGGGCUUUGGGGCCUGGUGAAUAAUGCCGGAUUCAACGAUGUCAUUGCUGAUGCUGACCUGACCCCGCUAAGCAAGUUCCGCGCUUGCAUGGAGGUGAACUUCUUUGGGGCCUUGGAGAUGACCAAAGGAUUGUUGCCUUUGUUGCGCGCAUCACGAGGAAGGAUAGUAACUGUCAGUAGCCCGGCAGGAAUUAUUCCGUUCCCCUGCUUAGCUGCCUAUGGGGCCUCCAAAGCUGCGCUCAGCCUCAUAAUGGAAUCCUUCCGGUGCGAACUUGAACCCUGGGGCGUCAAAGUGAGCGUCAUCUUUCCCGGGUAUUUCAAAACCGGAAGCACCUGUGAUCCCGAGUUCUGGAAAGAAAAGAAACAUCAGCUGCUUUCAGCCCUACCUCCCGACUUGCUGGAGGCGUACGGCAAAGAGUACAUCGAGGACAUCAACCAGCAGUUUGUCGUUUUCAUGAAGAUAGCCAUGGAGGAUCUCAGCUCAGUGGUGACGAGCAUAGCCGACGGCCUCCUCUCCCCUCGGCCUCUGGUGAAAUACUACCCCGGCGUGGGCGUCUGGUUCAUGUUCUUCGUCCACAACUACCUGCACCACACUGUCCGCGACUUCUUGCUGAGAGCCUUUUUCAUCAACCCCAAGCUGCCCAAGGCCCUGCACUCGAAGCAGAGCAACACGCCCCGCUCCGACUGA